AUGUGGGGAGGUGGCAAAAUGGCAGUAGUAAGCUUGUCGCCCCACACGGCGAAGAUGCGUAAACUAUUUGGGCAAGCUAGCACAACGAUGGCUUAUGACGGUUUAAAACGAGAGGCUGAAAGAAGAACAAGGAGUGACCAUAACAUAACAAUGGUUGCUAAAGAUGAUGAGCUAUACUUGUACCAUCUUACUUUAAAGAAACAGACGAAUUUCGUGCACUCCUGCAUCGGACACUUCGUCGAUCUGGAAGCAGGGUCCAAGCGUGAGCAGUCGCAAUUGUGCGUAGCUACUGAGACGCAUUUAGAACUUUAUGAUACUGCAGAUGGGGAACUAAAGCUUAUUGCCAAGUUUCAAAACCUGUUUGCGACGAUAACCUCGAUGAAGUCGCUGGAUCUGCCGCAUUCAGGGUCAAGGGCAAAAGCUUCCAACUGGCCCACUUUUCUAGCGCUAACUUCCGAUUCUGGUAACCUAAGUAUCGUGCAAAUCAUUAUGCAUGCAGGUGCUCUUAGACUUAAGACUUUAGUGAACCAGCCAUUGACGAGGACCACCCUUCGAAGAGUCUCUCCCAUAUCAUACAUGGAAAUUGACCCUAAUGGGCGUUGUAUCAUUCUCUCAUCUGUCGAACAAAAUAAAUUGUGUUUCCUCGUUGAUUAUGCUCAAAAAUUGAGGAUUUCGUCUCCAUUGGAAAUCAUCAGACCCCAUAUGGUAACGCUGGAUAUGGCAGUUGUUGAUGUAAAUUUCAAUAAUCCAUGUUUUGUUACCUUAGAAAUCGACAAUGCCGCUACUCAACUAUCAGUACACUUGAUAUUUUAUGUCCUCGAGUUGGGUUUGAAUCACAUCGUCAAGAAGGCAGAUUAUUUAGUUAACCCAUCUGCCAAUUUCGUACUGAGUUUGCCAGAUCUAUCGCGAUAUAAUAUAACAACUUCGCUAAGCGACAACAACUAUGAUGCUGACUAUGAUACCCUUUUCAACCCUUUUGUUGUCAUAGGCUUCGAAAAUCAUAUUCUGGUAAAGGAUAUGAACGGAUUUUUCAGCCUGAAAGUGGAAAUACCCAAAAGAUCUAUCACAAAUAGCCGUCAUAAAAAUGUAACAAUCAUAUCAGGCAUAGUGCAGAAAUUGAAAAAUGAUUUUUUCGUACUUUUACAAUCUAACCAUGGCGAUCUUUUUAAGUUAACUGUAAGUCCAGACACUAAUGAUAGAAAUAGACCUUUAGUUCAAUUGUCCUACUUUGAUACAAUCCAAAAUUCACACCAAUUACACAUUUUCAAAAACGGUUAUCUUUUUGCACUAUCUGAAAUGAAUAACAACUUUCUUUUCCAGUUUGAGAAACUUGGUGUAGAGAAAAAUGAUUUUUCUAAUGUUUUAACCUCAAAAGAUCCAAAUAAGUCGCUAGUUUUCGAACCAUCCAUAAAGUUGCAGAAUUUGAGCAUAUUAUCGCAACAAUUGAAUUUGAACCCUUCAAUAAAAUCUCAAAUUGUCAGUGAUUCGCCACUGUCUAUCGCCACUAAACAUUUUACAAACAACAAGAUAAUAACUUUAACAAAUGCUGUGAAUUACUCUAAUUUGAUAUCUACUAGUUUACCCCCGAACGCAACCAAGUUAUGGCUAAUACCCGAUCCUGCAACAACCGGCGAUAACAAUACUCUUUUGUUCAUAACUUUUCCCAAGAAAACUAUGAUACUACAAAUUGACAACGAGUCCAUGGAGGAACUAACACCGGAUGAAGCAACGCGUUCAGCUUUCAAGCUCUCUCAGGACACAACAAUUCAUACAUGCCUAAUGGGCUCACACUCUAUUAUCCAAGUAUGCACCGCAGAACUAAGACAUAUCGUACCGACUGGUAAAUCUAGGUAUUCUAAUAAGCUGACUUGGGUGCCACCAGCGGGAAUUCGUAUUGUAUGUGCCACGUCCUCGAAAACACAACUAAUUAUAUCAUUAUCAAAUUACGAAUUGGUUUAUUUCAAGAUAGAUGUAUCUUCGGAUUCGUUAAUCGAAUUAACCACCCACCCAGAAUUGGACACAAUGCCCUCUAAAGUUGCGAUUGUGCAAGAUACGCAGCAUGCUGAUUUAUUAGCCAUUGCUGACAAUGAGGGUAUGAUCAAAAUAAUGUCUCUUAAAGACCAAAAGGAAGAUUUUUUAACUGUAAUAAGUUUGCAAUUAGUUAGUGAAAAGAUUUCUGACAUGAUAAUGGUUAGAGAUUCCUCAAUAGGACAGCUUAAUUUGCAUGUAGGUUUAGAAAAUGGCGUUUACAUGAAAUUUCAUAUAGGGGAUGUUGACGGAUCGUUCACUGACAUAAAAAGGCGAUUCCUUGGCUUGAAGCCUGUUUCCCUUUCGUAUUUGCGUGAGAUAUCUGUAUCACUAAAUAAUGAGGAAGAAGAAGAAGAAGAAGAAGACGAUGAUGAUGAAAAAGAAGAAGAAGAAAUAAAUAGUAGUGGAGCUAAAUGGAUGUCAUGCGUGGUUUGCCAUUCCUCUUCUACAUGGGUAAGCUACACGUGGAAAAAUGUGUGGACCAUACGGCAGUUAAAGGAUCAAAACAUGCUAAGUUGUUCCAAAUUUGUUAACGCAGAUGUUGCAAUCAACGGUGUUUGUUCAAUAUCGAGCUCAGGACGCUUAAAUAUUGGCAGAGUUUCCAACUUUCCAACUUUGGAUAACUGGUUUCACGUUCAUGAAUCAAGUGUUAACAAGCAAGAGAACGGUGGAGGAGAUGAAAGCAAUGAAGAGGAAGAAGAUGAAAUGGAAGAAGAAAUGGAAAUGUUACAAAUAUCUACAUUCCGACCUCGUACUAUUUUAUCAUUUCCCAAUAAUCCGAAAAGCAUUUUGUUUAUUGAUAAUCACAGUGGUAAGAAACAAUGCCGUAUAUCACUGCAAAUUGAUGGUGAAUGCUUAAAGUUUGGCAGUUCGGAUCAUUUAUACAAGAUACUGGACGAUAUCGAUUGCGUUUCCGCUGCUAUAAUAGAUUUCACAAGACAAGCUGAUCAUUUGAUCAUUUGUGCUGGCGACAAAAGGCUGUUAACAUACAAGAUAUUAGUUAACAAAGAUAAACUAUCUUUUGAUAUUGAAUUACUUCACCAAACAGAAAUCAUUUCACCAAUACAUGCUAUGUUGAAGUUUAAAAACUUCUUGCUGACAGCCAUGGGCUCCACUAUUGUCCUUUAUGGUUUGGGGAAAAAGCAAUUAUUAAGAAGGUCCGUAACACAGACCCCGGUAUCCAUAACAAAAAUUGUGUCUAUGCACCAGUGGAAUUAUGAAAGACUGGCCGUUGGUGAUAUACAUGAAUCUGUCACUUUAUUUAUCUGGGAUCCUGCGGGGAAUGUAUUUAUUCCGUACGUAGAUGACUCUGUAAAACGCCAUGUGACGGUAUUGAAAUUUCUAGAUGAGGCAACUGUUAUAGGCGCUGAUAGAUAUGGAAAUGCGUGGACUUUAAGGUCUCCACCAGAGUGCGAAAAAAUCAUGUCAAAUCAUGAUCCCAGCGAAUUAUCUAAUGGGGCCAUCAAGUACCCACUAGACGUCAUCACUUUACAGCAGAAAUUACCCAAUACUUAUGAUUGCAAGUUCAAGUUUCAACUACUGAACCACUUCUUUGUUAAUGAUAUCAUCACUGAUUUCCAUAUCCUGGACAGCCUUUCAAAUUCUGAUAGACCUGGUUGUAUCUAUAUGGGCUUACAAGGAACCGUGGGAUGCUUUAUCCCCUUAUUAUCCAAGGGGAAUGUUUUUAUGAUGGGAAACAUUGAGAAUAUAAUGGCUGAGGCGGAUGAUACGUUUUAUUUAGAUUAUGAAUCAAGAAAGAAGAAUAACAAUAUGCGUAAGGAAGACGAUGAAGAGGAAUCUGGAAGUGUUGUGUUACAAGGACGGCAUGGUAUAGAGGAUGAAAUAAUAUGUGAGGGUUCCUGUUCCAUUUUAGGUAGAGACCACCAAGAAUACAGAAGCUAUUAUGCCCCUGUACGUAAAGUUAUUGAUGGUGAUUUAUGUGAAAAUUUCCUGAGACUUUCCUUGAAUGAGCAGGAAUUUUUGGCCAAAAAUUUAAAGAGUGUACAAGUGGAGGAUAUAAUUCAAACAAUCAACGAAGUCAGAACAAAUUACAUGUAA